AUGUUAUUCUAGGUUUGGUCACGUGCUUACCGUUAAUGUAUUGCAUUUCUGCGUUGACUCGUCGUGUUUCUGUGCUUAGAAGAAUACUAUCAAGCGGAAAGAUACUUGCAGACAUGAACGUGCUACCCGUUCCAGCGUUGCAGGAUAACUACAUGUAUCUGGUGAUUGACGAGAAAUCGAAAGAGGCAGCUGCAGUCGACCCUGCAGAACCAGACAAAUUGUUGAAGGAAGCAGAGAAACAAGGAGUGACAGUGACCAGCGUUUUGACUACUCACCAUCAUUGGGAUCAUUCUUCUGGCAAUGAGAAGAUAGUCGAGCUGUUGGGUAAGAAACUGGUUGUUUAUGGUGGUGACGAACGAAUCCCAGCUAUGACUAAGAAAGUGACUCAUGGUGAUGAAUUUAAGAUUGGAAGUUUGCAUGUGAGGGCACUGUUUACACCAUGUCACACAUCUGGUCAUAUCUGCUACCAUGUUACAUCUGAUGAGGAUGCUGCUGGAGCUGUAUUCACUGGUGAUACUCUGUUUGUUGGAAGCUGUGGCAAGUUCUUCGAAGGUACUGGAAAGCAGAUGUAUACGGCUUUGUAUGAUGUAUUGGCUAAACUACGACAAGAAACAAAAGUGUACUGUGGUCAUGAGUAUGGGUUGACAUGUCUGAAGUAUUGUGUGCAUGUCGACCCAACUAAUCAUCAAGCCAGUGAGAAGUUCGCAUGGGUCCAGGAACAAAGGAAAAACAACUUGCCAACAGUGCCAUCAACCAUUGGUGACGAACUGUCAUACAAUCCAUUCUUGAGAGUUCAUACUGAUGUUAUGAAGAAGUUUACUGGAGAAACCGAUCCAGUCAAGGUUAUGCAGAAGGCCAGGGAAAUGAGAAACUCGUGGAAGCCCACAUAGCAAGACUGCCAUAACAUGUCAAACGUUUUCAUCCAAUUCUCGGUUGC